CACGUGACAAGCUGACCACUCCAAUAUCCGCCUUUUGCUCGUCAACAAACACGAGUUGUUGAGCGACCUUUGUCGUGUAUUCCGAGCUACGCUCUUGCAAUUGAACGACAUGACGGCGCAACUCGUCUGUUUCGUUCUCCUGUUAUGCGCCGCCGUUCGCCUUGAGGCGGCCCCGCCCGGAAGAGGAGCCGAGCCGGGGGACGCAGGAAGGUUUUGGCACAUCACCGACCUUCAUUUGGACCCCACCUACCACCUGGCGCCGGACCCCACCAAAGUGUGUUUCUCCUCCAAAGGGAAGCCCACCACCGAUGCCGGUCCGUUUGGGGACUUUUUGUGCGACUCGCCCUACGGCCUCAUCCAGUCGGCUUUCAUGCACAUGAAGAGCCUCGUACAACCAAACGACUUCAUCAUUUGGACCGGAGACAGUCCACCUCACGUUCCGGUAAGCGAGCUGUCCACGUCGAUGGUGAUCGAAGUGAUUAGCAACUUGACACAAAGCAUCCGACAACAUUUCCCAAACGUCAGCGUCUUUCCCGCCAUGGGGAACCAUGACUACUGGCCGCAGGAUCAGCUGCCUACGUCCACAAACGACAUCUACAAGGCUGCCGCCCGCCUUUGGAGUCCCUGGCUGCAAGACGACGCAUUGAAAACUCUUUCACGAGGAGGCUUCUAUACCCAGCUGGUUCGUGCGGGUGUCCGAGUGGUGAGCGUCAACAGCAUCCUCUACUACGGCCCCGACCGCGCCACCGUCAACAUGAGCGACCCGGCGGGACAAUACGAGUGGUUGGAUGACACGCUGAAAAAGGCGGGCGAUGACAUGGAGAAGGUGUAUAUCAUUUCGCACGUUCCGCUGGGAUUCCUGCCCUCGCUCCGUAACGUGACGGCCAUCAGGGAUGAGCACAACGAGAAGCUGCUCAACAUCUUUCGGCGCCACAGUCACGUGAUCGCGGGACAUUUCUACGGACACACGCACAAAGAUAGCAUCAUGGUGCUCCUUGACUCCAAAGAUUCGCCUGUGAACUCUGUGUUCGUGGCUCCGGCGGUAACGCCCAUCAGAAGCUUUUCGGAGCCGUACUCCAAUAACCCGGCGGUGCGAUUGUAUUUCUAUGACAAACGAGACUUUGGCAUUUUGGACCUGUGGCAGUACUUCCUCAACCUGACCGAGGCGAACCUCGAGCAACGAGCCAACUGGAAGCUGGAGUACAUCAUGACAAAAGCGUUUGGGAUGCCGGACCUGCGGCCGCAUAAUCUUCUGGAACUGGCUGUGCGCUUGUGGCUACCGCCCAACGCCGCUUUCGACGCCUACUUUGCUCACUUCACGGUUAGUUACGAUGGCAGGCCGUCAUGCCAGGGAGAGUGUAAGCUCCUCCAGUUGUGCUCCAUGCUCCACCUGGACCAGGCCCGCUACGGCGCUUGCGUGGGGGCGCAACAACAUCGUCACAGUCUCGCCAGUAAUCUUCUUUGAUAUCCAUUUAUGGAUUUCAUCCCUUUUUUUUGUGCCACUAUCACCAGAAUAAUAAUAUCGCUAUAAUCAUGGUAAGAUGAUUCAAAAUUGUCUCAUGUGCCUCUGAAAUUUUUUCAGACUUGGCAACAUGAAAUUUGGUUGCCAUGUCUGUCAUGAGUACACCACAAAAAAGUCCCAAGAG